AUGGAGGCCCCAGUUGGAUUUGUGCACAAUAAUUCAUUUUAUGAAGAUGAACUGUACAAUGAAGGAUCCAAGGCUGAAGAGAGUCAGACUCAAGUGCUCAUAAUCUUCAGCGUUGUGAUCCUCCUCAGUCUCAUUGGUAACAUCCUGGUUGUUGUGAUCAGUGUAUUCUACAUGAGGCUCCGAUCACUGACCAUCAUCUUCAUACUCAACUUGGCUCUGUCAGACCUGCUGUCCACUGUUGUACCACUGUUCUGGGUUUGUGACUACAUCUGGGGUUUGACUCUUGGAGAUGCAGUGUGCAAAGUUGUCGACUUCAUUGACUCAACUGGAUUUUACAGCAGCAUCAUGUUCCUGGUAUUGAUGAGCAUUCAGCGCUACAUGGCCAGGGUGCACCCUCUCUCAGGCUGGAAGAAAGGACGUUGCUUCACACUCGUUCUCGUCUGUGCGUGGCUGGUGAGCAUGUUGGCAGCAGUGCCAGUCACAGUGCACGCUGAAGCAUAUCCUGACUCAAGACAUUGUAUGUACAGCAGCAUUACUGCACUUGUUGCUUUAAUGUAUGAACGCCACAUUGUUUUUGUGUGCGCCUUUUUGGUCAUGGCUUUUUGCUACAUCAGGAUUCUGCAAACCAUCUUCAAAUCACCAACAAACCAGAAACACAGAACUACAGCACUUGCCUUCUUUCUGGUAGCUACAUUCUUUAUUUGUUGGGCUCCUUAUAACAUAGUGAAUUUUAUUUGGCUCUUAGAUUAUCAGAUUGGGUUUUAUAAUCAGGUCUUAGAACAUCUCUACUAUGCCAAAUACAUCUGUGGCCUUCUGGCAGCCACCCAAUGCUGCCUCAAUCCAGUGAUCUAUGGUUUAUUUGGUGUAAAAUUCCGUAAGACAGUGAGAGAGAUUUUUCAAAGGCGAGCUUUCAAUUUUGCCCAAAUGAGGAUGGUAGAACUUCAUUCUGGGAGUUUUGUCAAUUUAAAUAAUCAAGUCCCAGAGCUGGACAUAAAGACUUGACUUCAGAGAUACUGACAUUUCUAACAAGAAAAUCCUAGCAAAAUUCUCACAUGUGCACAAAGCAACAACAAGAAAACAUCAAAGCAAAUAGUUUGCUGUGACUACUAUGAAUAAUAAGCAGCUCAGUUAAUUGAUUAAUUUUUUCCUCUUUUGUUGCAUUGCAACCUGCAAUUAAAAUGGAUUUUUUUGGGGGGGUUUGUAUCGCUUGAUUUAGAUUAACAUUUAUGUGAAAACAAUCAUUACUCUUUGACGUUUACUCUCAACUGGACAGUUGGAAGCUGCAUUUAGCUUUAUGAUUCUUUGUGACUACGACCCCAGCUUGGACAAUGUUUGGCUCUAAAUAGGGGAUUUUUCACACUCAAAACAUUAUUGUGUAAUACAUGUAAGGGUUUAAUGACUGGGUGUUAAUGAAUUAUUUUUGACUCCUGCAAUAUAUUGGUGAAUUUUCUUUAAAGUAUGAUUUAUCUCAUGAUACAUUUAUACCUUUUUUUUUUUUAAUAUUCAAAGUGUAUUUUUUCUAUAAAGGUGACAUUAGCUUAAAAUCUGUGAUAUAAAAGAAGAA